GGGGGCCCCUGUGACGUCACGGGCUUGGCUGAGAGGCUCCAGAGCUGAGCCUGGGAGUGCGACUUGCGGCUGGAGCAUCUGCGGCUUUUCUGCACAGCCAAGGAUUCUGUCAUCUGUGACUGAAUAAAUCAUAGCUCUUGAUCCUACUGCAAGCCUUCAAUGCCACACAAGAGGGACUAAAAGAUAGAAGCGCAGCGCCUUACACAAAAUGAACCGUGCGUUCAGCAGAAAGAGAGAUAAAUCAUGGAUGCAUACUCCAGAAACAUUGUCAAAGCAUUUUAUUGCCUACAAUGCUAAAUUUCUUGGGCGGACAGAAGUUGAACAACCCAAGGGUACUGAGAUUGUAAGAGAUGCAGUAAGAAAACUUAAGUUUUCCAGACAUAUUAAGAAAUCAGAAGGUCAGAAAACCCCAAAGGUUGAACUACAGAUUUCAAUAUAUGGUGUUAAAAUUCUCGAACCUAAGACAAAGGAAAUUGUGCACAACUGUCAGUUACACAGGAUAUCAUUUUGCGCUGACGAUAAGACAGACAAAAGGAUAUUCACGUUCAUUUGCAAAGAUUCAGAGUCGAAUAAGCACUUAUGUUAUGUGUUUGAUAGCGAAAAGUGUGCUGAGGAGAUCACAUUAACUAUUGGUCAGGCUUUUGACUUGGCAUACAGGAAGUUUCUGGAGUCAGGAGGAAAAGAUGUUGAAACAAGAAAACAAUUAGCUGGUUUGCAAAGAAGGAUUCAGGAACUAGAGACAGAAAAUACAGAACUGAAAUGUAAAGUACAAGACCUAGAGAACCGGCUUUUAAUGACUGAUGUCUCUUAUUCCCCUACAGACAGUGCAACACCCCAGUCACCAUCUACUGAUAUAUUUGAUAUGAUCCCUUUUUCUUCUAUCUCACCUGAGUCAACCACACCUACACGAAAUGGAACUCCACCUCCUCCUACACCGAUCAGAUCAGAUGAUGAGACCAAAAAGGAUCUCUUUGGAGCAGAACCUUUUGAUCCAUUUUGCUGUGCAGCAGGUGACUUUCCUCCGGACAUACAAUCCAGACUGGAUGAGAUGCAGCGUCAGAGAUGGAGGGGUUCAAAAUGGGAUUAACAGUAGAAGGAACAAUUUUUUGUCUGGACUUUGCUGACCACAGAAGUUGAUAUCAUCAAAACAGUACAACCAUCCCUUGCAAUAAGCCUGUAUUUGAAAUUAUUUUUUGUUUAAUUUUCUGUAUGAACCAAAAACAUUAUUAUACUCAGUUAACAUAAUCAGUAUUUUUCAAAUGCAGUAUAGAAAAUACUUUUAGAGAGUUAAAUAUUGUUUAGAUUAUGUACCUUCAUACUGUAUAUUACUAAUUAAAACUGAAAGCUUCUACGUAGAUUUUAGCUAGUUUUAGCUAGUUUUAAUGUUUUGGAGCAAAAAUCCUACAAAAAAAGUUCAGCUGUUGGUUCGCUGUCUUAAUUUGAUUUGUUUAUUUGCAACCUAGCACUCUCAUAACAUUUUUUAAAGAGAUAUCUACAGAUAAUGCAUUUGUACUCAUUUUAAGGGACUGCAUUUUUAGAUAAAGACAAAGUUUUUAAAUUAUGUAAAGCACUUUAUGUCUUAAAUGGUCUAAUAUUUUUAUAAAAAAUAUAUAUAAUUUUGUUCCUUGCCCACACAUUAAUUGUAGCAAAGUGAUGUAAACAUAAACAGGCUAAAUUUUGGACACAACAAAAUAGCCAUCUUUUGCAGGGACCAUAGCAGACCCAUCUUUUACCAUCUUUUGUACAGAUCAUAGCAGAACAAACUCUGGGCAUUGUAUUAAGUAAAGAUUCAAGGUAUUUGUUGGAAAGUUCACACCAACACUUCUACAGAUGUUUUCACAAAUGAACAGUAUGAGCUAGCUAAAUCUGCUCAUAGGAUUAAAGUUAUUACUUUUAACUUUCAUUUAUCUUUCUUCUUUUUUAAAUAAUUCUGACAGAACUGUAAAGAAUGCUUAGGAUUAUUAUCCUGUUGCAUCACAUAGGGCUGCAGGCUGCCCAAUAGAUCUCAUACCAGAAGGUAUAGCAUGGGAGCUCCUUUAAUUCACCCAGUCUACAACAUACAAAAACUCAUCAUCAUGGCCCAGCAAGUUGUAUUCAUAAGUCCAUAAUACCCAUUGAUCUAGGUCUAGGUCAUAAUACCCAUUGAUUUUUCACAAUGUGAGCUCUUUCUUCUUUUUUAAUUCUUUUUGAUAAUGUAAGCAACACAAUUCAAUUCUAAAUAGAUCUAGAUUGUUUUAAAUAUAAUCGCAAACAUGGCUUAAUAUAAAGUCACAAACAUGACUUAAUUAACUUAGAUAGAUAUUCUUAAAAAACAUUUUUAAAUGUAAGCGUACAUGGGUUGAAAUUUUACCAAAAAUGCUUAAAAACAAAUCAAAAGUAGAAAUUGUGUCAGCAUUCAACUUACCUAACUGUUCACACAGAAAUCCUGACUAUGCCUUGCUAAAAUAUCCUCCAAAAGUUCAGAAAAAUUGCUUAUUUAAUGUCUGUGUCCUGCUGACAGACACCAUGUCACACUGUAAUGCUGGGUUAUUGGCCAGAAAAAAAGCUUUAAUGGAAUGCUUCAGCUUUAGCUUAGCAUGAAGAGGGAGGUAGAAAUUCAGCGGAAACACACUAAGGAGCCCAUUUACUAAGGUUUUCUGAGAAAAGUAGUUUUUUUUUUAUGUUUCGUUUUUUUUCCCUCAAGAUUUACGUAUGUGUUUUUUGGCAAUAAAAGAUUACAUUUUUUUUCUUGAAAAAUUCAACAUAG